AUGGCGAUGUAUGGAGAGGAGGAAUACGAGAUUCCAGAAGAAUAUCACCACGGAGAAGAAGAGAGCGAGGAGAUUCAACAUCAUCACAAUCAGAUGUUCUCCCCGCACUCAUCCAUAAAACGGCAAAGUUUAAACGUCGUCGUCGGACCGAGUUCCUCCCAGGAGAAUGCUCUCACUCGUCCACCAUUCGGCGAAGACGGCGAUAACGACGAAGACGAGGACACGACGUAUUUCGCGGAAGAGUACCACUUUGGUGAUAUUUUUGCGGCGGUGAAAACGAGACACUUGCUCGCGACUUCGGCGCCGAAACGGUUUGAACGCGUCGCGCUGAGAGCGAGCGACGAUUUGAGAGCGGAGGCGCAUCGGUUGAGACAAAGUAACGCAUAUGAUAAACGGGAAGAGUCGAAAGGUUUAAUCGAACGCGCGAAUGAGUUGGAACGAGAGGCAAAGACAUGGAAUUUAGUGAACCAUUUGAUGGGCGACGCUUUAUACGAAGACAGGAACGGGUUCGAAAUUGAAAAGACGAGAACGUUAGCCGCGAAUAGAGAAAAUGGAAAUGGAUACACAGGAGACGUCCUCUUGCCACCGAUGGAUGUGAGAGCGCGAUUGUUUGUUCGCGAUGAGAAGAGAGAUCCUGUGUUGUUUCGGACGCAAAGAAUCGUCGCGUGGUUGGAGGAGAAUCAAGCGACCAAGUUACGUAGGGAAGCGUUUGAUAGUAGUAGCGGACGGGGUGAAAGUGCGAAUAAAAGUACUGCUACUACGUCUCCUGGAGCUUUAGCCGCAUUAGAUGCGGAUUGUGGAACGUUUAAAGAAACAGCGUUGGCGGUUGAACAAGGCGCGACGCAAGAUUACGAAGAGCGCGAGCUGUCGCAACGGUUAGAUAUGGACGGCAUCGUCCUGGGUGGCGGUGAUUCUCAAAGCAACAACGCGGACAGAAGAUUAGCGUCGCACUUUUCAUCCUCCACGUCAUCGUCGGGUGCGAAGAAAGGAGCGCUAGUCCCAAUCGACGCGCAAAACGAAACGAAACUUUUAAAACGAUUAUGGCAAAUAGUGCGGUCGGGCGAUAUCGAACAAGCGAGAGAGUUGUGCGUAAAGUGCGGACAGCCGUGGCGAGCAGCGUCGUUAGGUGGUGCGAGUGGAUGGUCAUUCGUCCCCGUUGGUGAGAACUGCGAUAAAGAACGCGUGCGAGACGAUGCGCGAAUCCAUGCCGUCUUGAGACGCGAAAAGCCGGGUAACAAACACGGAAGCUUUGAUGAAAUUCCAUUACACGUCCAGAACGAGCUCGACGAGGUAGACGAGCGCGUCGUCAGCGAGUGUUUGAUGAUGUCAACGAAUAAUGUGGAUGGUAGCAAUUCUAAUAGUUCUAACAAUUGCAACAGCGCACUAGUCGAUCGUCGGCGGCUGUGGAAAUGGACGUUACACAAAGCGUCACGACAGUUACUCCGUAAACUGGACGACAAUAGUAAUACCGCGAUAUAUGCGUUGACGCCGAGCGAACGCGAAAGAGUCAUCUACGAAGCAGCGAUAUACGCGAGUCUUUGUGGCGACGUUGAUGGGAUGAUGUUAGCAGCUGCGGCAGAGUCGGACGAAUUUGCCGCGGACGUGACGAGCGGUGAUAGCUACGAUGCCAUCUCGUGGGUGUUGUUUCGAUCUAUAGUCGAUCACUGCGUGGAUAGGAAAUUGAUGAGAAGAUGGGACGAGUCUGUUGUCGGAGAGUUCUCCUCCGAAGAUCCCAAAGAAGAUGGUGUUGCCUUCAGCGUAGGCCAACUGAUUCGCGAGGCGAACGAUUCAGAUGAUGAUGACGAUGAGGACAAACAAGAAAACGACGAUGAAUAUGGACCACCUCGAUGGCCGACGCGAGAAGUUGUGGAGAGUUGCCCACCCACUCCACAGGCCGCUUUUGACGUGUUGGGAAAGCUACUCAAUCGAGAAGGACUGGAAACACACCGGGUGAUACAGAAAGAUUUAGCGCUCGGUAGUAUCGAUAACAUCAUCAAAAACGUUUUGUGUGAUAAGGUGUUCCAACCGGAUUCUGCUGCAGAUACGGUGGAAGCGCAACGCGCGUUUCAAAGAUUCGCUGCCAAUCUCGUUUUGAGUUUAAAAGACGUACUCAUCGCCGAGACGGAUAAAGAAAGAGAAGAAUUGCAAGAACAUGGCGACUUUUUUGGAUCGCGUGGUUUGGAUUUUAACUGCGACAAGAUUGUUGGGAGAUUUGUGGUCACGCUCAUAACGGAAAGACGCUACUCCCUCGUAUCCUUGUACGCAUCGCAGCUUUCCGCGCACGAACGCGCGGAAAUCCUGUCAAAUUUCUACGUUUUCCAUUGUUUGUUGACGUCUCCGAACGCGAAAAUCAAACGUCACGAAGAAGCGUCGAAUUGGAUUCCACUUGAAGGAGAAGGCAACAGAAGGAACAUCGUACGCAUGACGCUCGAUAAAUCAAGAUUCGAGGAGUAUUCGCAUUGUACUGCGAGAUGGUUGAACUCUAUUUCUCAGUGGGCGACCAGAGACGAGAACAAUAACUUCGUUAAAGAAGCUCGAUCGUUCGCGUGUAAGCUCCUUCGCGAACGCGCGCUUCGACGUACGUAUGGUGCUAUCGCGCAGACUUUCGUUGACGCAGAGGCGAGUACGUCGUCGUCAUUCGCGCAAAUUGGGAACGAUGAAUUUUUCAACGGAGAGCUCGACGCUAUGGAUUUGAUCCAUUUUGAGGUGCACCCAUACCUUCUCGAUCCCGAAACGGUAGAUUUUGAAAUGGAUAAGCUCGAUUCUAAAAACGUGCGCGAGCUGAACGAUUGGGUGCAGUACUUUGAAUGUUGCGAGUUGUUCAAGAAGUGGCGCGCGAGCGCGAAAAGGAAUUUCGUGCCUCCAGAAGAUGAAAUCGAAGACGCGUUCGACAAAAAUAGUGUUGCAAGCGCAAACAGAGCAAGGAGGAGUGAACGCGAUUUAGCCGUAAGACCGUUCCACGAAAGUGAAAAGAGAGAAUGUGACUCCGUUCUGGCGGCAAAGUGCGUUGAGAGCGUCUUGAGUCUUCUCGGUGGCGAUAAUUGUGCGUGGUUAAAAGAUGCAUUCGACGAUGAGGAAGGCGACGAAACAGAGGAGGAAUCUUCAUCCGACGAGUUCUGGUUCCGGUUGACGACGGACGUUUACGACUUUUUCGACGUCGAACACGAACUUCUCGCAUCCAAAGCGGACUCAUUUAACGAAGCGCUCAAAGCUGCGCUCGGCGAAGAGCGCAUCGAGGAAGAUUCGCUCGCUGCAAUCGAGGACUACUCCGUAUAUUGCGAAGCUAAAGGCGAAGAAACGAUCGGUAUUCGCACGUUUCUCAAGCUUCGAUACCUCUCUGCGUCUACAAACAAGAAAGAGGUCAAGUUACGAACGAUGCGAGCGCUCUCGAGAGUAAUCAAAGCGCUAUUCUUGGACGUCAAUCAGCUGGAAACGUCCGAGGAGGAGGAGUUUGGUCGAUACGACGAUGAAGAUGAAGAAUCGAGAGAAGGUAUGGACUCUUCUGCUGCUCCGUCUUCUCUAUCGUACGCUUCGCGACGCUUGUGCGAGUUCGUGUGCGUUCCGAGCUUGAUCAUCCAAGCCGUGGAAUGCGAGGCGUGGUGUGUAGGUGAAGGAUACGAUUAG